UAUGAAGGACUACGUCGACGAUCAAUCCAAGCUGUUGCCCAGUUCAAUCAUGGACUUACGGCCUCGCCGGAGUUUUCGAGUUCCGAUGGGUCCAGUUUUGGGGCUGGGACUUAUGCAGGUGCCCAUUUGCAUGGUCUUCAACCUAGUGAUGGCCAUUGCAACAGAUUUUGAAGCGACCACGUAUUCUACCUGCCAUGCCUUCAACAUUUUCCCCUCCACGUCGGCGGCGGCAAAGUCGCAGCACAAACUUUGGGCCUGGGCCUGCUGGCUGGAGUUUCCCUUCUUGAUUGCAAGUGCCCUGCUGCAGUUUCGCCUUUACCGGGCAGGUUUGCCAAGGCCUGUUCGGAGUUUCGGCUGUCUAAUAGCUAUUUUCCUGGCGCUGAAGGGCUUCAUUUUGCUGCUGUGGGGGACGUUUCCUCGCGAGAACGGCGACUCAGCGCUCCACAUCGCCAUCGCUUUGUCGCUGUUCGUACUGUGUGCCGUCCACAUAGCGGGCUCCUUCGUGUGCGCCAAGUACUACAUUCACCCAAGGAAUAGAUCAUUGCAGGAAGAACUUUCUUUGCGGCUGAAGAGCGGCCUGCUUUUCCCCUACUUUGUAUCGGUGGUCGUUAUGUGGGUCUUUUACUUUAUCCACCACAAAUGGUGUGUUUCCUUCGCCUACUCCAUAUUCGCCAUGAGCGAGUUCAUCUCAUGCGAGUGCUUCGGCCUUUUUAUCAGCUUGGCUUACUUGGACUUCUACCACGUCUACUUAUGCUACGAUCAGCGUUUGGGCUUCUUUCUCGGCGGAAUCUAAGCCGUAACAUUUUAUCACAUAUAUUGAACAAGAAGGUACAAAAUAUAAGAAUAAACUUAAGGCUACGUCUCGUAAA